GAACAAACGAUGACCCGGUCAAUUCUGAUCACAGGGGUUUCGGGUUACAUAGGCGGUGCCAUCGUGGCCGAAGUCCUCGAAGCCCAGCGAACAACGACCUUCGAACCGAUCGUCGUUUCGGAUUUUGUUGAGUUGGACAAGCUUGAGGAAAUUGCCCAAGAAUUCGAUGUCAUCAUUCAUGACGGAGCAGGCUGGCACACGGCCUCGGCGAGGGCAUUCCUGAGGGGACUCGACAUCGGAAAACGCAAUCGGGCAGGGCAUCGCCAUCCCCACUACAUUCAGAUCUCUGGCACAUCCAACUUAAGCGACCGGCCCCACUCGGCGAAUUUCAUCGAGGAUCACAUCUUCUCCGACGCGGAGGAUGAUAUCUUCGCCUACGAAAAGGCGCGAGAGGCGCGGGAGGUGUACUACCAGCGCACCACGGAUAUUGCCGUGGUGGAACUGGGCGAAGAGCUGGGGAUCCCUACGCACAUUGUGAUGGCAACUACCAUCUUCGGGCUGUCUAAGGACUUGUUCAACCGCUUCUCCGUGCAGCUGCCCGCUAUUAUUGCGGACGCGGUGACGACGGGCCAGGUGAAGGUUUUGGGCGAUGGCCAGACCGUCUGGACCCACGUGCACAUCGACGAUCUGGCCCGCUUCUUUGUGGUUCUGCUCCAACACAUCGCCGACGAGGACGUUAGCAGGGAGAUCCCCUCUGGCCGACGAGGCAUCUAUUUUUGCGAGUCCGGCCAACACACCCACCGCGAGUUCUCGCAGCGCUUGGUCGAUGCGGGGCUGGAGCUGGGGAUAUUCAAAUCGGCGGAGCUUGCCAGUGUCUCGGUGCAGGAGGCUGCCGAUGCAUGGGCCGGGGGGAAUGCAGCUCGGGUCGAGCUGUCAUUUGGUGCAAAUGCUCGUUGCAAAGCCGUCCUUGCCAGACAGCUUGGCUGGAUUCCCAAGCAUGAGAAGAAAUGGGCGGAAACCUUCCAUAUCGAACUCCAGGAGUAUGUCGAGCGACCUCCCGACCCUAAGACCCUACCUAUGGUGAUGCAGAAGAAGAAGACCUCCACCUGAUCGAUGGCGUCUGGUCAUUCAUCACAUGCUACUUAGUUAUAUGCCCCGGCCGAUACUGGGU